AUGGGGCACCGCGAGAGGAAGGAGCGGGCGGCCGCGGGUUUGCCGCCCAAGGGGUGCAUGGCGGUCAGGGUGGGGCAGGAAGGGGAGGAGCAGCGGCGGGUCGUGGUGCCGGUGGCGCACCUCAGCCACCCCCUCUUCGCGGAGUUCCUGGAGGAGGCGAAGGCGGAGUAUGGGUUCAGCCAGCCAGGGGCCAUCUCCAUCCCCUGCGGCGUUGAUCACUUCCGCCACGUGAACGACGUCAUCGACCGCGAGAGGGGCAGCGCUGCAGUCCAUCACCACCACCUCCCCCUCCGCCUUCUUCACUUUGCAUGCUGUUUUGGAGCUUAA